AUGAAACAAAAUUUUAUUUUUACGUUCGCUUUAUUGGCUACGCUUUUAAUGGUCAAUGUUGCUCCAUAUCAACUCGAUAAAAGAACUAUUAAAUUUGGUAAAUGCCCUGGGAAAGAUGGUAAACUUGCAUUACUCGACGUAACAGUUUCACCUGAUCCACUGGAAAAAGGAAAAGAUUUUAAUGUUACUGUCUCUGGACCAUUAACUGUUGAUAUUCCCGAAAAUUCAAUGGAUUGGAUAAGAUUUUUUGAUAAAGAUUAUAAUCCGAUACAUUUUUUCAACUUCUAUGGGGAUUUUUGUUAUGAGCAGCGGCAUGAUAUUAAGUGUCCAGUUAAAGCUGGAACAAAAUUUAGUACAGUCUUAACGGGUGUUUUUGCGCCGGAUGGUGAUGUAGCAGCUACAGCAGCACAUUUGAGAGUUUUGAUUCAAGACACGAAUCCAGAGCCGGAUGUAGAUAUAGCCUGUGCAAUGUCUGAAAAAAUUGUACUUGUUUAA